GGUCUCCGGAAGAGAGGAAUCGCUCUGGGCCGGAUCGAAUGCCGAUCGAACACUCGGUGCAGUUUAGAGACGUUCGCCAUAGACUCCGCAUACAGUACUCUUUUUUAUCCGCCGAAAUUUCUUCGCGAUAUUUAGUGACAAUUACAGCCUGCAUUCAUACCGAAAUUGGUGCGCCGACGAUCGUUCUAUUUUCGGGCCAAAAUGACGCUGUUGCCGCCAACCGCUGCACAACAGAAGCGUAUCGACGAAGAAAUUCCAGUAGACUCAAAAAUGCUGAAAAAUGACAUAGCAGCGAUUAGGGAAUGGCUUUCGAAACAGCCUCAUCUGCCUAAUCAUAUGGAUGACGCAAGACUGGAGAGAUUCCUCUUCGGCUGCAAGAACAGCAUCGAGAGGUGCAAGAUUAUUUUAGAACGAUACUUUAGCGUGCGCACGGCGAUACCCGAGUUCUUCUCUCUACGGGAUCCGCUAUCGAAGGACAUUCAAGAAUGCUGCGAAUCCAUAUAUUAUUUCGUCCUGCCAUCCCUGACAGAAGAGGGGCAUCGUGUCACUGUUUUGCGAUUACGAGACACGGCAAUAGACAAUUUCUCCAUACAAGCGAUUUCCAAGAGGAUCCUGAUGGUCCUGGACAUGCGCCUGAUGGAGGAACGAUGUCUGUCCAACGUGAUGAUCAUUGAUCUCGAGGGGUUCAGCGUAGUACAUUUCUCAAAGUGUAGCCCAACGCAGAGCAUCAUCCGGAAGUCGAUGCUGGCAGUGCAAGAUAGUAUGCCAUUCCGGCUUCACCGAGUCCACUUUCUCCACGCUCCUGCGUUUGUGGAGAGUGUCCUAAAUAUAUUCUACCCUCUGCUGAAAGAGAAACUCGUUCAAAAAUUUCGCGUGCACACCGGCGGUGGAGAGGAGCUGCAUCCUUUCAUGGACAAGGACAUACUACCUAAUGAAUAUGGUGGCAGAGCAGGAACUCUAGAAGACUUGAACGAUUCUUGGAGAAAGAAGAUCGAAAAGAACAGGGACUGGUUCCUGCGCGAGGAAAAGCUCAGUCGAACAGACGAGGGUGCUCGAUUGCCAGAAUCCAAGUCGAGAUUGAUCAAAGAACUUGAUGGAAUGCAAGGUUCCUUCAGGCAGCUGAACAUCGAUUAACAAAACAAAUAGAACAUUCCUGUCUUACUACCUAAUACCAUCUUUUAUAUCGCUAGUAAUUAAGAAAGAUUAAACGAGUAUAAAAACUCAACAUCUGCUAAAAAUAA